CACCUAUAUCUAUCCAUUAAUUCCCAUGACCAUUUGAGAAAAAAACAAUUACCUUUUUUUAUCUUUUUCUCCAGUCAAAAAAAUGCUAUCAUCUUUUUGCCCCUUUAUAUCUCCAUCUCUUCCUUCUCAACUUCUUCACUAAGCAAGGCCCCUCUCUCUCUCUCUCUCUCUCUCUCUCUCUCUCUCUCUCUGUGUUAGCAAAUACCCAUAUCAACCCAACUCAAAAUUUGGUGUUUUUGAUUAGUUUCACCAUCCAAUUCUAUCUUUCUUCAUCAAAUUACAUUGUUUGAGCUACUGAUCUCAGUAACCCAUUUGGCAUUUGAGUCGAUUGAAUUUGUUCAACACUGCCCCAAUUUGAUUUCAUGUUUGUUUCUUCUUCUGGUUCAUUUUCAUGCUCUGUUGUAUCCUUUUCGACUACUUCCUUUGCCUCCAACUAUUGGCACAUUGCUAUAUCUACUACUAACCCUGAACGUCUAAUUUAUAUGAUCUGCGGUCUAGAUUUUCCCAACUAGUUGUCCUAACCUCCUCACCUAGCGAAAUCGCUGUUGUUGAAGAGAUUUUUGUGAUAUUUGUGGCUCAGCUUAAUUUGUAAUGGAAAUGGUGAGGGAUUGUGAGCAGAAGAGUCUGAUCACAGAGCUAACCCAAGGGAAGGAGCUCGUGAACCAGCUCAAGAACCAGCUCGACCCUCCUUGCAGGUCACGUGACACCUGCGAGCUUCUAGUUGACCAAAUAAUAUCAUCCUAUGACAAAGCUAUUUCACUCCUCAAAUUGGGUGACCCUCGGCUUGCAUUGGGCAUGUUAGAGUCCCCAAAUUCUUUUGCCUGUGCUAGUCCAACAAGUCAGGCCUCUGACCCUGCAGAUCAAUAUCACAAACACGUCUCUAAAAAGAGGAAGACAUUGCCUCAAUGGACUGAUCAAGUUCGCGUUUGCUCCGGGGCAGCACUUGAAGGCUCUCUUGAUGAUGGUUAUAGUUGGAGAAAAUAUGGUCAGAAGGAAAUCUUGGGAGCUAAUUUUCCAAGAGCAUAUUACCGGUGCACUCAUCGUAAUGCACAAGGCUGUUUGGCAACGAAGCAAGUUCAGCGAUCGGAUCAGGACGCAUCGGUCUUUGAAAUAUCGUAUCGAGGAAGACACACUUGUAUCCAGUCCUCCCAUUUGAAUCAGGCAUUGGCAACAUCCAAAAGAGAAGGGCGGAAACCAAGCCAACAUCACUCUCUGCAACUACUGCAUCAAGAAAAGCAGGAACAAUCACAAGAGAUGAUCUUGAACUCUGGAUCAUGCCUUAAAGUGAAAAAUGAGGAGUUGAGCAGAGGGGAAGAUACAUUUCUUUCCUUUUCCUUUCCUUCCACACCAAUUGAAUCCGAAGACCUGGAAACCAAUAUAUUUGGAGAGGCUAUGAAGGCAAAUGAUUUCAUGGGUACCUAUUCCCCAAAUUUUAUAUCACCAGCAACAUCCGAGUCUAACUUUUUCUCCCUUUUGCCAUGCCACAUGAGUGACUUUGGAAUGGGCUAUAAUUUGCAAAGUUCAGAUUCUGAUCUUACUGAGAUAAUUUCAGCUCCAACUUCAGUCACCAAUUCCCCAAUUGGGGAUUUGGAUUUCUCACUUGAUCAAGUCGCUUUUGAUCCCAAUUUCCCAUUUGACACUUCUGAAUUCUUCACUUAACUUCACAUCCAAACACCCCCAUCCUCCCCUACCAACCCACCCCCCCCCCCCCCCCCAAAAAAAAAAAAAUGGAAAAGCGAUUUGUGUGCUACCGGAUUAGUGGACUGCAACUUGUCGAUCCCAGCCAACAUUGAAUUGCUGAAUUGCUGGCUAGGAGAAUUUUCCUUGCUGAGUAGUUGAUUUUUGGAGAUAAUGUGUAGUUACUGUAUUAAUGUAGUUUAUGUUUUCCUUUUUUUUCACUUCCUUAGAUUUUCAGAAAGAUCGAUAUUUCGCUCAGCUGAAGAAAAUUGAAGUGUUUUAGGACAUAUAAUUGAGCUGUUCUGUAUUGUAAGAUGUUUCCACUUAUUCAGUCUACCAAAUUUUAUCAAUUUUAAUUUGAUUAA